UUUCCCAUAGUCUCAUCUUUCUCCAUAUUAAACUUUCUAAAGUAGCUUGUUUAACCUGUACCGUUAAACCAUCAUCAUAAAAAGGAUAAAAGCUGAUAACAUACGAUAAUAUAUCAUGCCUUCUAUCACGUACCAAGCUAAGGUUGGUUCGGGUGCAACCCCAUUUUACGGUCAAUUGAUUGUCUCGAAUCUUCAAUAUGACGACGGUUCAGAAGUGACCAUCAAGAAUUUCCUUGGCAUUACGUUCAAGUCGCCCUCUAGCCUUCGAAAAGAUGAUGUUAUUGUGUCCACCAAUCCUUGGCAGAAUGUCACGCCAACGGUCGAUUUCAAUCAGAUUGACGAUUCAACUUUUCUCAUUACAGUAAAGCUUAAUUUUGAAAACCCUUAUAAAUUCAACGUUUCUGAUACCAUAACAUUUGGUAUCAAUGGUGACUUAACCAAACAUCCCGAUACGUAUCUGGACUCUUUCGCCUUUGCCGCUGAUGCGUUGCCCGAUACAGAUGGGACAGUUGAAAUCACUGCCGCAUCUGCUCCUGACCCAGCUCUCGCCUCUCUCAAGGUGUCUCUUGUUUUCCAACAAGGGUUUCAAAAGACCCCCGUCGAUGUGCCUCUCGAUGACACCACAUCGGUGAAACUACCGGCUGGUGAUUACACUGUUUCAGCAGCGGAACUCGCUACAGAAGAUCAAACAACUGUUGCUGCAACUCAGGUGUCACCCACAUCUCUGACCGUCAAAACUGGCGAGUCAACCGAUGUCGAGGUCUCUUUCGGCUCUGUAUCGAAAUACAGUGCCGUGGAUGUGACUAUUGGAGAUAUUUCGGCGCUUCAAGGUGAAAAGUUUCACGUGCAGCUGACCGUCGACGGUAAUCUGCUCACGGAUUUCUACAGCCCUGUAAACCACACGACUUCACUGCGACGUCUUCCGGCAGAAGGAACUCUUGAAGUGUCAGUUGAUGGAAUCACUCUGAAUAAUGUUAAAUAUACACUCCCUGCGAAGAGUGAGACUCUUUCGGCCGAGUUAUUCACUUUUACAUUCGGCGAAGACGAUGUAAAGUCUUCGCCUGUUGACACCACGGGUUUUGUCGAGCUACCCAUCGUCGUAAAAUCCGACAUUGAGGUUGAUCAAGACAUUUUGGUGCGCCUCACCUCAAUGGAUGUGGUCUAUACCCAAAAAGUCCCUGCUAAAGCUGGCACUACACCGUUCUCUGUGCCGGUAGCCCCAGGCGAUUACACGGUCGGUAGCGCAAGCUUUAUCAACAGCGGGACUGUGUAUGUGGUUGAAGCUGCAACCAAUUUGACUGUGGCGAAAGAUGGCAGCACGGUUCUUGAACUUGAGCUGCUGAAGGGAGCUGAGCUUAAUGUUAAAGGCUUUCCUGAUCAUCUGAGCUUUGGCGCCCUCGUCGAUCUGACACCUAACAAUGUCAAAGACCUUGUUGCGGCCCGUAUAUCAUCCAUCUUCAAAUAUGCCGGUAUCGAUGGUGCUGGAGAUAAGCACGUAUACUUAACUGAUGAUACGGCUACUCGCAGAACAAUCCAACUUGCACGCGAUGUGGAAAAGGAGCUUGCAGACGGCAGUAAGGUUCUGCCAGUAAUGAUCUCCUAUACCUGCAAUCUCUCUUUAGGAUACAUAGACCAGCAGCUUCAAGAUACAAAGGGUCUUACCUGCAGUCUUGCAAAUCUGAUCUUGGCUCUUAACAUUGCGAAUGGCGCAAUCGACGACGAUCACCCGGUGCCUGCAGGUUUUAUUGUUAACGCUGACUUCCUUGGAGAAGGCCAAAAAGAGAAUCUCACUGACUACCCCAUGCCUGUCAGAGAACCAUUACAAGGCGCCCUUGAUCACUGGAAGAUUGACAAGGAGAUUCCUGCUUCCAUCACCGACACUUUUGCAGGAUAUACUCAUGGCGUCAAUUGGCUUAUUCGCACAGUGGCACCCAGUGUUACUUUUGGCUGGCAGGUUAAUAUCUGGGGCGGCGGCACUUCUACUUGGAUUUACAAUUCUGGCCCGGAUAACAAUGAUCCAUUCGUUGAAGCAAACAAAACUACUGCUUACAUUAAGAAACUUGGCACUUAUGACGGCGAAUUCGCACCAGACUUCCUUGCUAUAGACCGAUACGAAGCCGAUGACUGGACCAGGCGUGCCUACCCAAACGGCUAUUUCUACGGUCCAUACGAAUGGCGUCGCUAUUACGACUUUGUUAAAGAUGUUAGUGUCAGUUUGCAGGUGCCUGUGAUGCCCUGGCAGAUUCCUGCAAGUCAUGCGCCACUGGUGACGGAUACUGUCUCGUCCGAUUAUGAUUCUCAGCACUGGGGUACGGGAGGCAGCUAUUUGUUGGGCGAUGCCGAUAUCAACUCUGACUACCACAACAUCAACCCUACCGUCUUGUUGCUGGAGCUCAACCCUACUCUGAUCAAGGCCAAGACUGCAGCCGAAGUUUGGCAGCGCGGAGAGCCUUUUGACUUAUCGCAGCCGGCGUAUUUGGAUUUCCCGCUUCGCGGCAUAUUUGCGGUUUUGUUGGGAGGAGGGUCCACCACUGGAGUCAUUUCGACGGUUGGAAAUGCUGGACCUUGGGUGACUGACAGGUUGAACGCAUACGCACACAAUCCAAUCGGCUUUGAUGAUACUUCGUCUGACGCAUCCAAGGCCAAGGCGAGUCAAUCUACGCGCAUCGUUGGCUGGUGGUCGAAAUUGUGGAAGGAGUGGCGAGGCGCAGAAAAUGCCUAACCUUACGGGGAGCAGUCUUAGUUUAUAUCUCUAUAGCAACCAGAUCUUCAAUAUAGCAACAUCCACAGUAUCUCAUGCGAAAACUUGAGUGCAAGAACAGCGGGCGUUAAACUCUUCGCUGGUAAACUAUAUGCUGAACCACGGUGGAAGAUAGUGGGCUAUUUAGGAGUUAGAGUUGUUGGGCUAGUACGUAUGAAAAUUAAUAUUGAAACUAUAUGUGAAGUGGGAGACUUGAACUUUCUAUCAAAUGCAUACGCUACAUAACAAG